CAUGGAUACAUGGUAAAAAAAAAAAAAAAAGCCCCUUCUCUAGGUCUCCUCUGCAACAACUACCUUAAUACCUUUAUGGCUUUUCAGUACUCCAUCUUCUUCUUUCUUGUGUCGAUUAUUUCUCUGACAUAUCCUCUGCAUGCAAUCGCCACAAACCAGUCCCAGUUCUUCAAUCGUGCGAUAACCUCUUUGUCAGGAAAUGCUUUGUCAGAAUGGGAUGUCGCUGGAGGGAAAUCUUACUGCAAUUUCGCAGGAGUUAGCUGCAACAGUCAUGGUUACGUUGAAAAACUUGACAUGUCGGGUUGGUCAAUCUAUGGCCGUUUUCCAGAAGGAAUAUGUUCUUACCUGCCAGAGUUGCGUGUUCUCCGUCUCGGAUACAACGAUCUCUAUGGCGAUUUCCUUUACAGCAUCACCAACUGCUCUCUCUUGGAAGAGCUCAAUGUAAGUUCUUUGAAUCUUGGUGGAACACUUCCUGAUUUCUCACCAUUGAAAUCUCUCCGCAUUCUUGACAUGUCGUACAACCUCUUCAGAGGCAAUUUUCCAGUGUCAGUGACAAAUCUUACCAAUCUUGAGAUGCUUACUCUCAAUGAAAACGAGGGACUUACCUUAUGGCAACUACCGGAGAACAUUUCCAGACUGACAAAUAUUAAAUAUUUGAUCUUGACGACAUGCAUGUUGUAUGGUCCAAUCCCAGCAUCAUUAGGGAACAUGACAUCCCUUAUUGAUCUUGAAUUAAGUGGAAAUUUCCUCACAGGACAAAUUCCUGCAGAGAUUGGAUCAUUGAAGAACUUGCAACUACUUGAGCUUUACUAUAAUUAUUACCUUUCUGGCAGUAUACCUGAAGAACUUGGAAACUUGACAGAGCUAAUAGAUUUGGAUAUCUCAGUCAAUAAGUUGAUAGGAAACAUUCCGGAAUCUAUAUGUCGCCUUCCCAAGCUCGAAGUCCUGCAUCUUUACAACAACAGCCUCACUGGAGAAAUCCCAAGUGCUAUUGCCAACUCAACAACUCUGCGCAGUUUGUCAAUCUAUGACAACUAUCUUACUGGAGAAGUUCCACAGAACUUGGGGCAGCUGUCAGCAUUGGUUCUUCUAGACUUGUCAGAGAACCGCCUAUCAGGUCCAUUACCAACUGAAGCUUGUAAAGGAGGUAAACUGUUAUACUUUCUUUUCUUGGAUAACCUGUUUUCUGGAGAGCUACCCGAUAGUUACGCAAAAUGCAAGACACUUCUAAGGUUUCGAGUCAAUCACAACCGUUUGGAGGGGCCAAUACCAAAAGGACUUCUAGGUCUUCCCCAUGUUUCAAUCAUUGAUUUGAGUUGCAAUAAUUUUAGUGGUUCAAUUGCAAACACAAUUGAAACAGCCACAAAGUUGUCAGAAUUGUUCUUGCAAAGUAACAAGAUUUCAGGCGUUCUGCCUCCUGAAAUCUCCAGGGCUAACAAUCUGGUAAAGCUUGAUAUCAGCAAUAAUCUGCUGUCUGGCCCAGUACCUUUCCAAAUUGGCUUUCUGAGAAAGCUGAAUUUACUGAUGCUGCAAGGCAACAGGUUGAAUUCUUCCAUCCCAAAAUCACUCUCUUUGUUGAAAUCUCUCAAUAUUCUUGAUCUUUCCAAUAACCUGUUGACUGGGAAUGUUCCAGAAAGUCUCAGUGUGUUGCAACCUUAUUCAAUUAAUUUUUCAAACAAUCACCUUUCUGGUCCCGUUCCUCUUUCUCUGAUAAAAGGUGGGUUGCUAAAGAGCUUUUCUGGCAACCCAAGUCUGUGUGUUCCAAUCUAUGUUGCAACAGAUGAUAAUUUCCCCAUAUGCUCAGAGACUUAUAACCGAAAGAGACUAAGUUAUAUUUGGGUGAUUGGAAUUGCUGCAGUAAUAAUAAUUGCAGGAGCUUUGUUGUAUCUAAAACGUAAAUUUUGGAGCACUGGACAUAAAACCGCCAUUUCCUCGUCAUUCUUUUCAUACAAUGCAAGCUUCAAUGGAAUGCGUUUUUAUGAACAAGAGAUACUUCAAGGCAUGGUUGAUAACAACAAAAUGGGCCAAGAAGCAUCAGGAACGGUGUACAGGAUUGAUUUGAGCAGUGGGGAAACUGUUGCAGUGAAGAGGCUGUGGAGCAAGGGAAUAAAAGAUUCGGCUUCAGAAGAUCGGUUGCUUUGGGACAAGGAGUUGAAAACUGAGGCUAAGACCAUAGGAAGUAUAAGUCACAAGAAUAUAAUCAAAUUGUACUGUUACUUCUCGAGUUUGGAUUACAGCAUGUUGGUUUAUGAGUACAUGCCAAAUGGAAACCUCUGGGACGCCCUGCACAACUUUCGGAUCCAUCUAGAUUGGCCGACUCGUCAUCAAGUAGCACUUGGAGUCGCACAGUGCUUAGCUUACCUCCACCAUGAUCUGUUGCCACCUAUUAUUCACAGAAACAUAAAGUCAUCCAAUAUUCUUCUAGAUGCUAACUACCAGCCCAAGGUUGCAAACUUUGGCAUAGCCAAAGUUAUGCAAGCUAGAGAAGGAGAAGAUUCCACCACCAAUGUUGUUGCAGGAACCUGUGGUUACUUGGCUCCAGAAUAUGCAUAUUCAUCUAAAGCAACGACAAAGUGUGAUGUCUACAGUUUUGGGGUAGUGCUGAUGGAAUUAAUGACAGGGAAGAAGCCACUAGAAGCAGACUAUGGAGAGAACAAGAAUAUCAUACAUUGGGUUUCAGAGAAAAUGGACACCAAUGAAGGAGUUAUUGAAGUAUUGGACAAACGACUGUCGGGGUCCUUGGUUGAGAUGAUCCAGGUUCUGCGCAUUGCUAGCUGCUGUACCUGCAACAACCCAGCCCUCCGCCCAACAAUGGAUGUGGUGGUCCAGUUGCUGAUUGAGGCAGACCCAUGCAGAUUUGAUUCUUGCAAGACGUCUAAUAAGACAAAAGAGAUGUCAAAUGUCACUAAGAUAAACAGCACAAAUUAAUGAAUCAUAAUUGUAAUAGAAUAUAGGAGUGUGGUGGGGUUCUAUGUGAAUUAUCAUAGCAUGCAUCUAUGCAAGUAGCAUAUAGUGUCCCUAAAGUACUACGACUUAUCAUAAAGAGCAACUUUUU